AUGAGCGCCCGGUGCUGUUGGGACGACACGUGCGCUUUCGGUGGACGUCCCGGUGUUAAGCGUGACGGUGAGUGUGGAUCCGAUGCGGUGAUAAUCACUGGCGAUGUGGCGGUUGGUGUCGUAAGCUAUUACACAGUGAGUGGUAUUGUGUGCGGACUUAUGGCGCACUGCUGUACGUAUGCGAUACCGUUAAUACUUAUCGUAUUUUUUGUACUUUUAUUACUGUCGCUAAUACCGGUUAUCGGGGGUCAGGGGUCUAGCCUACCCUCCCUACCUAACCCGCCCGGUGGUGGUGGCAGUAAGCUAAGUCGGUGUGAGCAAUGUCAAUUAUUAACCGACUCGUUUCAAGCGAAAUUAACUCAUAUUUUAUUCGCAUGUAUGGCACCGGUAUUCACUCUAUUGGGGAACUGGAUCGGGCGCCUACACACUCACAUACGACAGGGUGUGGAGCGGACCAGUCGUGGCAAACACGAGGGCGGGGACUCCCAUUGGGAGGAGUCACGGCUCGGGUCGUACGCCAACUCCGAGAUCAGACUCACGGAAAUACAGGAGCUCUUGUGCCACGAACUCAGCGCCGGCAAGGAUCAGGUGCUCACCCAUACAUACAUCCCUUUCCACACUCCGCUCGUACUGUCCUAUCAUAUAAGCACUACUAUCCACUCACUCAUAGUCUCAUGCCACCACUUGGCCGAGGAAUACGAGCCCCAAAUCGAGAACUGGUGGUUCAGCAAACGCCAGGCGUCCGACUCCCAGUCCCUCUACGACUACCUAUGCAUGGGUCAGAUGAAGGCGUGCUGUCCUACCGGACACUACGGCCCCCAAUGCCAGCCCUGCCCGGGCUAUCCGGACCGCGUAUGCAACACAAGGGGCUAUUGCGAGGGGAACGGUAGCCGCGAGGGCACCGGGAAGUGCGUGUGUCAGCCGGCCUACGACGGCGCCCACUGUAAUACCUGCGCGAAAGACCAUUGGCUGAACGGGACGACCGCCGAGGGGCUGGUAGUGUGCGAGCCGUGCGACAAGUCGUGCGCCGAUAGAUGUCGUUCCGGAGGUCCGAAAGGGUGUCUGGUUUGCGGAACGGGCUAUAUAUGGGACGGCGACUACGGGUGCGUCGAUGUGGACGAGUGCGCCGACAUGGGGGUCAACCCCUGCGAGUCCAACGCCUUUUGCAUCAACACUGAGGGC